AUGGAAGAAGACACUAAAUUGAUCCUGACGAUCUUCUUCAUUUCCGUCGCCGUUUUAAUCCCGACUAUUCGGGCUAACAUCGCCGAAUACGACGACGUUUUGCGAUAUCGAGCUGAACUUUCGAUUAACCGAACGCUCGAGUCGUACGAGCCCGAUCCCGAGGAAGUCAUCGGCCAUCUCAACCAUAACGUUCAUAAAAUGCUCAAGGAACAAGGGUACGACUAUAACGGGACGCGGCGGGAGUUGUCCAAGGGGUACACGGGUCCGUGCCGAGCGACGAACCCGAUCGACUCGUGUUGGAGAUGCGACCCGAAUUGGGCUCGGGACCGAUCGAAGCUAGCCGAUUGUGUUUUGGGGUUCGGCCGGAAAACGACGGGCGGGAAAGGCGGGCCGAUUUACGUGGUGACCGACCCGAGCGACGAGGAUGUGCUUAACCCUAAGCCGGGAACCCUCCGGCAUGCCGUGAUUCAGGAUGGGCCGUUGUGGAUAAUUUUCGAUCGGAACAUGCUGAUCACGCUAAAACAGGAGCUUUUGGUCACCGGAGAUAAAACGAUCGACGGCCGCGGUGCGGCCGUCCACAUCGCUUACGGCGCCGGAAUUACGAUCCAGUACGUGAAGAAUGUGAUCAUCCAUGGGCUGAAGAUUCACGACAUUGUUUCGACACCCGGCGGCCUGAUCCGCGACUCGAUGGAACACGCCGGAAUGCGGACGCAGAGCGACGGCGACGGGAUCACACUGUUCGGAGCUCAGGACGUGUGGCUCGACCAUUUGUCGAUGACGAAAUGCGCCGACGGGAUUAUCGACGUCGUUCAGGCCUCCACCUGCGUGACGAUCUCCAAUGGCCAUUUCACCGAUCACGAUCACACGAUGCUGUUCGGAGCGACGGACGACUACGUGAUGGACGAGAAGAUGCAGGUGACGGUGGCGUUCAACCAUUUUGGUAAGAGGUUAGUGCAGAGGAUGCCGAGAGUACGGUACGGCUACAUCCACAUCGUCAACAACGAUUACACGCACUGGAAGAUGUACGCCAUUGGAGGCAGCCAGCAUCCGACGAUUAUCAGCCAGGGGAACAGAUACAUCGCGGAUCUCCCCUUCGCCAAGCAGGUGACGAAGAGGGAAAUUGCGCCGGAAUCGGAGUGGAGGAAUUGGGUGUGGGUGUCGCAGGGCGAUUUGUUCCUUCGCGGAGCGUAUUUCGUGACGUCGGGGCCGCAGGAUUGGUACACGAAGCAUCCUGACAGAUACGACCACGUGAAUCCGGGGCCGGCGGACCUCGUCGGAGAUAUAACUAUGUUCGCCGGCGCACUUGGGUGCAGAGUAGAUGCUCCCUGCUGAUA